AUGGCUCUCAGGGGUCCUGCGCUUGCUGGUAUCGCACGUCGGCAGGACAGUCCCGAAAAAUUCGAUAAGAACGAUCCAACUGCCACGGUCGCGCAGAAGACGAUGGCAAACACGACCGUCUUGAUAACGGGUGCCAACACCGGGUUGGGGUUCGAGACUGCUCGUGAUCUCGCCCGAUCGGGAGCGCGGAUCAUCCUGGUCUGCCGUUGUCAGCAGAAAGCUCGCCAUGCUAUCAAGACGAUCGCAGAGAGCGUUCCUGGAUCGGAGGGAAUGCUCCAAUUCGAGACUGCCGACUUGAGUCUUCUGUCGUCGAUAAAAGCGUUGGUUGAGCGUCUCAAGUCCGCGGAGAUGAAAAUAAAUGUACUGAUAAACAAUGCAGCCAUACUACCACCUCCGCAAAGAAGUCUCACCUCGGAGGGUCUCGAAGUGACUUUUGCCACAAACUACCUUGGGCCCUUCUACCUCACGGGUCUUCUCAUGGAGUCGGACUUACCCUUGAACCGGAGUCGUUACCCGUCGGUCGACCAAUUAUACGCCAACACUAAGCUCAUGCUGAACAUGUGGACUUGUUGGCUAGCUCGCAACGUAGACGAGUUCGAGGUGAAGAUUUACGGUGUCGAACCAGGAUUCGUCGAUUCGAAGUUCACUCGCUCGCACAGUUGGCUCUCGUUCCUGUGGAACUUCCAUGUGUCUCUCAACAGUUUAGAGGCCUCGUUCGGCCAUUCCAGGAUCGUCAAUCUGGCGACUGAGCGAGUCAACCACGCAACAGGCAUAUACCAUCGACAUGUCGGUGUUCCGCAUCAUAUGGCUGAGCAGGUUUGGGACUACGGGAGUCAACAAAGGAUGAUAGACGCCUCCUGGAAAAUAAUCGAACAAAUCACAUCCACAUGGAGAUAG